ACAAGUUUCCUUUUGUCAUUCGACUCAGAAUCAGUGGAGAGGUUAUGCGAGCAUUACUCUGUCAAAGUUGUACGCUUGGAUUCACUUGAAUUUUGAAUUCUUCAAAUCAAAUCAAACUGAACUGAGCUCUGUUUUGUGGAUACUACCAAAAGUUUCAGAGAGGAGGAAUGGGUUCUGAGAAGAGGUCAACUCUCAAUAAGGAACUCCUUUUCUUAAUCUUACAGUUCUGCAACGAUGAAGGAUAUAAAAAAACAGCUCAUAUGUUGGAGCAAGAAAGUGGAUGUUGCUUUGACAUGGUGUUUUUUGAAGAUUUGGUGCUGAAUGGAAAGUGGAACAUGGUUGAGGAAUAUCUUUCUGGUUUCACAAGUAUCAACGACAACAAGUACUCUACGAAGAUUUAUUUUGAAAUCAGAAAGCUGAAUUUCCUUGAGGCAUUGGACAACAAUGAUCGUGCAAAGGCCUUGGAUAUCCUGAGGAAGGACUUGAAGGUUUUUGCUGAGGAAAACGAGGAGUUAUUUAGAGAAAUGACCCAGCUUUUAACAUUAGAUAAUUUAAGGGAACAUGAGUUGCUCUCUACGUAUGAAGAUGCAGAGUCUUCAAGGAAAAUUUUGAUGAGUGAACUCAAGAAACUAAUUGAGCUGAAUCCAAUUUUCCAUGGAAAGCUGAAAUUUCCUGUCAUCAACAGCCAAAGGUUGCGACGUCUCAUUAAUCAAAGCCUGAACUGGCAGCAUAUUCAAUGUAAAUAUCCUCAGCCAAAUCCUGAUAUAGAAACCCUCUUUGAGGAUCAUGUUUGUCAAUGGCCACAGAAUCAUUUGUUGAUGCAAUCAACUGACAAUCUACUGCAAGAUGCAUCACUGCCAGUUUUCCCAUCCGGCUGGUUUUCUGGUCCAUCUACUGUAACUCAUGCUGUUUCUGGAGAAGACAUCUGUAUCAGUGGUCCAAUAUCAUCAGAUAAUAUUGGGGAUUGCCAUGCCAUGCCUCAGAAGAGCCUACUGGGAGCUGAAUAUGAGGUCACAUCUACUGUUAUUCAUCCUGGUCGAAAUCACAGCCCUGAAUCCAGUGUUUCUGAUGAAUUGCCGAUUACCUCCAUGAAUAAUGGCAUGCCUGAACGUAUUGAACCAAUCAACAAUACCAACCUGCCCAAGACUGUUGCAAAGAUAUUGACUGAGCUAUCUUCUCCAAUGAGCAUGGAUUUUCAUCCUGAAGAGCAGACUUUUCUUCUGGUUGGAACCAAUGUUGGGGACAUAGGAUUAUGGGAUGUUAAUUCAGGGGUAAAAAUGCUUUCAAGAAAUUUUACGGUUUGGAAUGUUGGAGCAUGCACCAUGGUGUUCAAGGCAGCCAUGAUGAAAGAUCCUUGUAUGUCUGUUAAUCGUGUUGCUUGGAGUCCAAAUGGUUCUUUCUUUGGGGUUGCUUAUUCAAAACAUAUUGUGCAAUUAUAUUCCUACCAUGGUGGCACUGAUGUUCAGCAGAAGUUGGAGAUUGAUGCUCAUGUUGGUGGUGUUAAUGAUUUAGCAUUUGCCACACCUAGCAAGCAACAUCUGGUCAUAACCGGUGGUGAUGACAAGCUAAUUAAGGUAUGGGAUGUGAUCACUGGAGAACAGAUGCAUAAUUUAGAAGGCCAUGAAGCUUCUGUUUAUUCUCUUUUGCCUCACUGCAAGGAUGGUAUCCAUUUUAUCUUUUCAACAUCAGUGGAUGGCAAGAUAAAAGCAUGGUUAUAUGACAACAUGGGAGCCAGAGUUCAUAUGGAUGCACCAGGUCUGGCAUGCACAACAAUGGCAUACAGUGCUGAUAAUACAAGGCUGUUUUCAUGUGGGACUAAUAAAAAUGGAGAGUCUUUCCUAGUUGAAUGGAAUGAAAGUGAAGGUGAUGCAAAAAGAACCUACCAAGGCCUUUGCAAAAAUUCUUCAGCUGUUGUGCAGUUUAGUCCAAUUAAGGAGAAGUUCUUGGCAGCAGCUGAUGACCAUGUUUUUAAAAUAUGGGAUAUGGAUAAGGUUGAGCAUUUGACAACUAUCAAUGUAGGAGACUUACCAGCAAAUCCACAUAUACGAUUCAAUAAGGAUGGCACCUUGCUGGCUGUUAUAGCGAACCAAAACAAAAUCAAGAUCUUGGCAACAGCUGAUGGUCUUCAGUUGCUGAAUGCAUCACCAACUGUUUUUGUUGAUUUCUCCACAGAUGUCUCUGAUGCUCCAAGAAAGCAUGUAAUAAAUCCAAGUUCAAGUGUUGCUAAUUCUGGUGAAGCUGAUGAUUGCCAUGUCUCAACCAAUUUUGAUAAGGAAAGGAUAAAGGAUGUGAAAAACAAAAUUAUCGAUAAAUCCAAUAACAAUUCAGAUGUUAGUAAGAUCAUCCAAAUCAGCAUGCCUUCUCAGUGCAAGUCCUUGCUACUCAGUGUUUAUGGGGAAGCAGAUAAGAUAUCAAGGUUGAUAUACACCAAUGCAGGUAAUGCUAUUUUGGCAUUAGCUUCAAAUGCCACUCAUUUGCUUUGGAAAUGGCCUCGGAAUGACCUUAAUUUGAGUGGAAAGGCUACAACCGAUGUACCCCCUCAACUGUGGCAACCGAAAAGCGGCCCACAAAGAAUGAUCAAUGAUAUUACUGGCAUCACGCCUGAAGAGGCUGUGCCUUUCUUCGCUUUGUCAAAGAAUGAAUCAUAUCUGUUGUCAACAUCAGGGGGGAGAAUUUCUCUAUUCAACAUGCUGACGUUUAAGAUAAUGAUGAAUUUCAUGCCACCACCACCUGCGGCAACAAGUCUAGCUUUCCAUCCUCAAGAUAACAACAUAGUUGCUGUUGGAAUGACCGACUCCACUAUAUUGAUUUACAAUGUCCGUGUCGAUAAGGUUAAAAGCAAGCUCAAGGGUCAUUCUGGAAGAGUCACGGGGCUUGCUUUCUCUACUUCCAUGAAUCUGCUUGUUUCUUCUGGAGCAGAUGCUCAGAUUUUCACAUGGAAUCUUGACGGAUGGGGGAAUUGUAAAAGCAAACUCUUGCAGUUCCCCAAUGAGAGAAUCCCAGUAAUGGGUUCAAAUACCAUGGUCCAGUUUCAUCAGGAUCAAGUACACUUCAUCGUUGUGCAUGAAACUCAGCUUUCAAUUUAUGAAGCGAAAGAAUUAGAAUGUGUACACCAGUGGGUUCCUGAAGAUUCUACAAGAAUCUCGCAAGCAACAUUCUCAUGCGAUAGCCAGAUGGUGUAUGCCUGCUUUGUAGAUGGGAAAGUGGCGAUAUUUGGAGCUUCAGAUCUCGAAUUAAAAUGCCAGAUCCUUCCCACUUCGUAUAUUCCUCCCAGUGCAAGAUCAAAUGCGUACCCCCAUGCCAUAGCUGCACAUCCGCAGAAACCAACCCAAUUUGCAGUGGGACUGACAGAUGGCGCGAUUAUCGUUUUAGAGCCUCAUAAACCUGGUGUUUCGUGGUAUUUGGCUGAAUACGAGUCUGUAACUGCAAGAAGCUGCUUGGUUCAAGACGAUUAAAACCAA